UCUAGCUUCUGUUUGGUGCUUGAACAGCGAAGCGUCGGAUUGAGAGCGAUUAUCUUCGUUACAGUGGCAAGUGUUACGUUUAGAUGUUAACAAACCCCCACGUAAAGAAAAAAAAAUGAGACUUAGGUCUCAGAAAACCGUUGCUGCUUGUCCGGAGACACCGAGGCGUUCCCGUCGACGGUCUAACGGGAAAAGGAGUCGAUCGCGCCUGUCCGGGUCGGAGAUUGAAAGUCCGCUUCAAACCAAGGAUGAAGAGACUGUGAAUAAAGACUCAGAGGAUGAAGUUCCCACUAUGGUGAGGCGACCGCUGCCUCGUGGCCGGGCGAGAAAGAGGGCUAUUGCUGUGAAUGACCAAGAAUCAGAUUUGACCUUCAAGACUCCAGUCCGUCCCAUCAUGCACCACGAGCGCAUACUGUCAGAGAUCGACCUGGUGACUCCGCGUAACGCGACAACAGCUAGAAACAUCUACUCACCCAUUGUGCGUUUCCUCACACCCAGCAAAGAAAAUUUGAAGUACGCAGGAACGGGUACCAGUGUACUGAUGAGCCCAGAACACGGUGUGUUCGGUUGUGGCUCCAUUGACCUUCUGGGUGGAGACGAGGACGAUGACAUCUUUGAUCCCUUUACGUUCAUCAAGAACAUGCCGUCGCAGUCCCAGCAUUCCAGACCUGCUCUUCUAGAUAUUCCUCCGAAGACCAGAAGCACCCCAGAGGGAACGCUGGUGGUCGAUCUUGAGGAGACCCUGAUGUUCAGCUCUCUGAAUGUGAUCGAAGAUGCAGAGUACACCUUCCAUGCAGCUUUCCAGGACCAUCAGUACAAGGUAUACAUGGUGCUACGACCACAUGUGAAGGAGUUCCUGCAGGCCAUGGCAAAAAUCUACGAGCUGUUCGUUUACACAUGUGCGAAGAGGGAAUAUGCCGAGAAGAUCCUGGACAUCCUGGACCCGCAGAGAAAGCUGUUUCGACACCGGCUGUAUCAGGACGACUGUGCCUGUGUUCUUGGCCACUACAUCAAAGAUCUCAGCAUCCUCGGGAGGGAUCUGAAGAAGACGGUGGUUCUGGAUAAUGCACCCCACACAUAUCCAUAUAAUUUGUUGAACACGAUUCCCAUCAAGAGCUGGUCUGGGGAGUCUGAUGACAGAGAGCUGCAGAAGCUCAUCCCCUACAUGGAGAAACUGUCUGCAGCUGAGGAUUUUCGGGAGGUGCUGAAGAAGAGGAAGGAUCACUUCCACAGGCUGCUGUCAGAGGAUUGACAAACCCCCCACUUUGACUGCUUAAUGUGACUUUCACAGCCCAUGUUUGCUUUGGCGAAAAGGCAGAAGCCAGUUGGACCUAGGUAACCUGCAGACUGUUGGUUUGUGGUGGACCUGUGCGCCCUCCUCCGUCCUCCCGUUGGCUUGAAAUGACAGCAGAGCGGUGUUUCAGACAUGCUGCUGGUCACUCAACAGAUGUCCUUCUCCGGGACUCAUUACACAAGCAAUAAACUCAUAUCUGUGUAUAUUUACAGCUCAGAAUCCAAAAUAUGUUGUUUAUAGUCAUGAUUUUUUUUUUAAUUUAUUGAUUAUAUUGCAAAUCUACAGCUGUUAUCUGUAUAUUUUAAAAUGUUUUCUUAUGCAAUAAAAUAUCCCUGAUAAUAACUGGGGAAAAUAAAGCA